AAAGAAGCGCGUACAUAGAAUUUUUAUAAACAUGCCACUAGAGUCAAUCGCGGAUCCCACCAUAAGAAUAAAGCCUUCCUCAAAGAUGAUCAAUUUUAUCUCGUGCAACGCGAGAGACAGCGAUGCACCGGCUAAUAUCAGAUCCUUAUACAAAUCGAAGAGAUCCAAGGAGGAGAAGAUCGCUAAGAGUGCCGCGUUGACACUCGCGGAUCUUAGGUGGCUGAAUGAUUUUUUGAUAAAGUAUAGAAAAACUGCUACGAAAAGGAUCUACCUUCACGAGCUUCUCGUCGAUUCCGACGUGAUAUUGCCAGCGCCGAGGGAGACACCGCGGAAUCCGGAGUUGGAGGCGAGAAUACAGAAAUUAACGGCGCAGCAAAAUGCGAGGGAGUAUCAGGCGAUGACGAAGAGUAUCGACUCGGUGCGGAAAUUCUUGCCGGAAGAUACCAUCGCGUAUCAAAUGAAACAGAUUAACAAACAACUCAUCGCCGUCGUGCAAUUUCUAUUCUCCGUGUUAGCUGCCUUCGCCUUUGGAUUCAUCGGAGUCGAGUACAUAGUCGGAAAUCUAGACUUCGGAUUUCGAUUGCUCCUCGGUAUAAUAUGCGCGUUAAUCGUCGCGUUAGCAGAGAUCUAUUUUCUGGCUCUGAAAUUAAACGAGGAUAUCGAUGUUACUCCAAAAUCGACAAAAUUACAUGAGGAUUAGUAUUCAAAUCGUGUGUACUACUUCAAUUACCUUGAAUCUGUGUGUAUGUGUGUGUGUAUGCAUGUAACAAACAGAAACGAUCAGUUUAGAUAAUAUCGUACAAGCUAAUCUCUGUGUUAGCUUCGUGUUACUUAUUUCGUAUAUUUAACUACGUGAAGGAACGCAUAAAUGAAAGAAGAAUAACUACAUGGUUUAUAACG